AUGCAUAUUACUUCAGGGUUGUCUCCGGUAUCCGGCGAAAUGCUGGACACGGCUACCAUACAUUUUUAUGGAGAUUCAAGUGAACAAUAUGGGGAGGCUUACUUCGCCGUGGACCAUACAGUGCCUGAAUCAUCGCACACGGUUGAAAUAGAAUAUGUUUACGAGCAACCAGAGAGCUAUACAAUCAACCGAGACGACGCCAACAAACAGACGCCGACAAAUGAAACGAAACAUGCCCAGGAAGGUGUUCCCAAAAAAAGUCUCAAGAAAAUGAAGCCCGAGAAAGUUAUAGAUGACGAACAGGAUUUAACUAACCUGACCUGGCUCCAGAACAUAACGAACAUAAUGGCGGUCCCACAGUUUCCUAUAUCGCCGAUGUCUCCGACUCCGCCACUGAAGUCGCAGAACACGAGACUGCAAAAGUUCAAUCAGACUAUAGCUAAAUGCCAGAACGAUUUUAUGGAGAACAAAGAUGAAUACCAAAGGAACAGCGACAAGAAACCACCAUAUUCCUACAGCACCCUCAUCUGCAUGGCGAUGAGAUAUAACAACGACAAAAUGACGUUGUCCGCGAUAUAUUCUUGGAUCAGGGAGAACUUCAAGUACUACAGGAACGCGGAUCCCACAUGGCAGAAUUCAAUAAGACACAAUCUGUCCUUGAACAAAGUUUUCGUCAAAGUGGCCCGGUCGAAACACGAACCAGGGAAAGGUGGCUUCUGGAAACUCGACUUGGCUCACUUAGAAGGCAGCAAGCGCAUUUCCAACAGAGCUCACAAAAAGAAAACCAAAUCUAGUCCGGAUACAAGAGCUGAUAACACGAGUGAAGAAGGGAAGGCAGUCGAAAGCAUCCUUCAGGAUUCUAUAACUAAUGAAAUGUAUGAACCAAUAACAUUGAAUUUACCGGACUACAAUUUACAAAGCAUCGAAUCUCUUGAUAACAUCCAAUUAUCAAAUAAUAUAGGGGCUAACGUUAUUGUGGAGCCGGCUAUUCCGCCGCCAUUGUUACCUGAAGACGAUUUAACUAAUCUCUUACUUAAUCCGACAGAAUGGGAUGAUUUGCAACUUGACAUGUUGGAUAAUUAUUUGGAUUUCAGUUUUAAGUAAGCGCGAAAAUGCAUUGCGAGGAUUUCUUUUAUUAUUUAUAGACUGGAAUUUAAGACAAUACGCCAAUAUUAAGAUUUUAACGUAUAAAUAUAGUGAGAAAAGAUUUUCCUUCGUAUUUUUUCGGAAAAGUUCGUAUUUAUCGUGCUCUCUCAAAUAGCUUCAGAACCCAUCUUAGAGCCAUACGAUACGAUAAUUAAUACGAUUGUCAUUUAAUAUGACUAUUCAUUGACAGUUCGAGUAUCAUCGUAUUCCGAUAAAGAUCCGAAUUUUCUCGAAGGAAAAUAAUUUCUCACUACAUGUAUAUCUAAUUGAAAUGUCAAAUCGAUGCCUCCAAUG